GUAUUUAAGAUUUUUUUAGGUAUUGAAGAAAGUAUCCUUUCGAUGCUGCCAUUAUCCAUAGAAGGUCUACCAUCUAUAUGGGAUAGUGAUCAAUCAUUAGAAACCUGCAAAGAAAAUGCAACAAUUGCAGAUAUAGAGAUGAAUUCCACGGGAACAAACAACAAUAUACAUGUUGAUAAUAUACAUCUGGAGAUAAAUAGCCCUACAAGAUCACUUGACACAGAAAUAGACAUAGAUUUCUUAAUGAAUAAUGAAAACAAAGAAAAUAAUGGAGAAACUAAAACGUCAGACAAUGAAGAAAAUAAUAGAGGAUGUAAGAAGAAAAGAAAUACUACUGGUGGUAUAACUACUAAGGAAACUGGUGUUUCUAUAUUGAGAAAGACAAUAGCGCCAGAACUAAUAAAGCAUUAA